UUAUUGUUUCAUCACUCACUCUCUCAACUUCUCCCAUUAUUCUCUUGUUUUCUCUCCCUCCGCCUCUUCUUCCGCAUUCCGCCGCAUCCCGCUUCCUCGCUCCGCCGCUUCAUCUCAUCAAUUAGCCUCUUCUCCUCUAUAAAAAAACCACUCACCUUCUCUCCACCACCACUUCAAUUCACUCCCUCUGAAACUCUCAAGUGAACAAGAUGACUCAGCAGAAUGUGGUUGUGGCCGAGACCAAAUCAGGGAUCAACGCCGCUAUCACCUCCAUGGCUCCCAAACCGCCGGCGCCGCCUGGUGGCUACAUUCCCAUUCCACGGAGGAGGGUUCUCAAGAACCUUGAAAUCAACGGUGGACAGAGAAUCAACGCCUGGAUUGACUCCAUGAGAGCUUCUUCUCCCACUCACGCCAAAUCAACUACUACUUCUUCUCUGGCUGAAGAACAUAGCUCAUGGAUUCUUCGCCACCCGUCUGCAUUAGACAUGUUUGAGCAGAUUAUGGAUGCUGCAAAUGGGAAACAAAUUGUUAUGUUCCUUGACUAUGAUGGUACCUUGUCACCAAUUGUCCAGGACCCUGACCGUGCUUUCAUGUCGGAUUCGAUGAGAAAAACUGUGAGGAAACUUGCAAGGUGUUUUCCAACUGCUAUAGUUAGUGGCAGAUGCAAAGACAAGGUAUACAAUUUUGUUCGCUUGGCUGAGCUGUAUUAUGCUGGAAGCCAUGGAAUGGAUAUUUCAGGGCCUACAAGAGACUCAAAAAAUCACAAGGACAAGAAAGCAGAAGCAGUUCUUUUUCAACCUGCUAGUGAUUUUCUUCCAAUGAUGAAUGUGGUGUACCAUAGACUUGUAGAGAAUACAAAAUCAAUUCCUGGUUCCAAGGUGGAGGACAACAAGUUCUGCCUCUCUGUUCAUUUUCGCUGUGUUGAUGAAAAGAAAUGGAGUGAACUGGCACACCAAGUUAGAUCAGUGUUGAAAGAGUACCCUGAACUUCGUCUAUCACAAGGAAGGAAGGUAUUAGAGAUUCGUCCUUCUAUUAAAUGGGACAAAGGGAAGGCCCUGGAAUUUUUGUUAGAGUCACUUGGAUUUGCCAACUGUAACGAUGUCUUUCCUGUUUAUAUUGGGGAUGAUAAGACCGAUGAAGAUGCAUUCAAGAAAUUAAGAGACAGAGGACAAGGUUUUGGGAUUCUUGUCUCGAAAUUUCCAAAAGACACUGCUGCAUCAUACUCUUUACAAGAACCCAAUGAGGUUAUGGACUUCCUUCAACGAUUGGUGGAGUGGAAACAAGUGUCCCAGAGAAGACGUUAAUUAAUCCUGCUUGGUGUAAAUGACCUGAUUGAAGACAUUGUACAUCCCUACCCUGCCAUAAAAAAUUGAAGUUCUGCCAGGGUAGGAUACAUGACCCUUUUGAGUUUUUAAUGUCUUGUUCAUAUUAGAACCAAGAACAAAGACUUAGUCUGUGAAGAAAGAAAGACAAAAGUGUCUUUCUGAGUUUGAAUCAUGUCUCCAUUGAUGUAAUUAGCCAAGUAGUACAUAGUACGGGGGGAAGUGUCUAUGUAACUUCAGAUGUAAUUCUGAAUGGAUUAAUAUUAUAAAGUUACUUAUGAAGAAAAUUAUUAUUAUAA